AUUGAACUUGUCAAAGUCAGCAAGAUGAGUAGCCUGCCAGCCAAUUGCAAGCGCAUCAGUCGUGAACAGCGAUGCAUUCAUGCUGAAGCUGUGGCUCAGCGAGAGUUCGAUGAACCUCACUUUGCGGUGUAUCAUGACAAAUUCCUGCAGAUUCUUGGAGAGAAGCCCUCAAUAGAACUCGCUGUCGAGAAGGACUGGCCAUUCGCGCACGAAGCCGGAGUCUACAUUCCCGAUCAAGAUGCAGUGUACAUCACUAGUAAUGGUCUAGACACGCCAUCAGGCAAGACGAUCAAAAUCGGCAAAUUGAGCAGAGAUGCAAGCAGCGGCAAAUGGCAGUACGAAGAACUCCAGACCGACAUCUCGAUGGGAAAUGGCGGAAUCAUCUACCAAGGCGGAGUUCUCUUCUGCGACCAAGGACAUGUGAACACUUCAGGUGGCUUGGUGCUCAUGGAGCCGAGGCCGCCAUAUGCGACCAAGACGCUGUUGUCUUCGUACCACCAUCGCCGCUUCACGAGCGUGAAUGAUGUCGUGAUGCAUACUGAUGGGUCGAUCUGGUUCACCGAUCCCAUCUAUGGCCACGAGCAAGGUUUCCGUCCAGAGCCGCAGCUACCUUGUCAAGUGUACCGAUUCGAUCCUGAGUCGGGAGAUAUCCGAGUCGUGGCUGAUGGGUUUGGGCGGCCGAAUGGAUUGUGCUUUUCCCCAGAUGAGCAGACGUUUUAUGUGACGGAUACGGACUGGAUCCAUGGGGAUGGCACGACAGAUCUGACGCGUGCAUCACACAUAUAUGCAUUUGAUGUGAUCGACAGGCAUGGCUCGCAUUUCUUGGCCAAUAGGCGGGUAUUCGCAAUGGCGGACGAAGGCAUCCCGGACGGCAUCAAGUGCGAUUUGCAAGGCAAUGUCUACUCAGGAUGCGGGGAUGGCGUCCACGUCUGGACCCCUGGAGGCAGUCUGAUGGGAAAAAUCAAGGUGCAAGGUGGUGUCGCGAACUUUUGCUUUGGGCGCAAAGGCGAGUUGUUUCUGCUGAACGAGAGCAAGUUCUGGGUCGUCAAGAUCAGCGAUGACGUGCAGGGAGCGUUAUUGGCCAAUAUGAAGAUUGCAGUGUAGACAGUCAUCCCACCUCAAUGGAAGCUGCCGUGUCGCUUGUUUCGUGUCGUGCCGCUGUGAACGUGCAUGAACGAC